AUGUCCCUCUGUGAGGUAGGAGGCUACGUAGUCUACUCUACGUGUACCCUCUCGACGGCUCAGAAUCAGGCCAUCAUUGAGUUCUGCCUCGCACCACACAAAGGCAAUGAUGAAUCGGAGUUUGCAGUGGUCGAUUCCACCGCUUUUGUCGAAAUAUGUGUCUCGCAGCUGAAACCUUCACUGGGCGUACGAGUGGUGCCCGCCUACUCUACUACCGGCCUGGCUCUCGGAGUGACAGUCAUUCCUCGUCUUGCUGCCAACUAUGGGCCCACUUUUAUCUGUAAAAUGAAACGCUUAAAGUAG